AGCAUCACUUCCCAUGUGGUUUCCAUUUUAGUUAACACCUAAUUUGCAUUGAUAAAUGAACACCUGGUUGAAGGUUCUACUCUUCCUAGCGGCGGCCGUGUUCUGCUGCGCGCUGGGACAAGACCUGGAGCUUAUCCAACACAGGGCAGAGCAGCUAUCAGCGCAACAGGAGCUGAGGCAAGAAAACGACCCUGUGGAGGUGAUAGAACAUGUGGAAAAGGCUUUAGACCAACUCACCAAGCUGUGGACAGACCCUGAGAGUGCUGAGGGGCUACUAGAUGCUAGGAAUGAUGUUUACUCCUCCAACGAGUGUUUGCAGGCUGCAUGGAACCUUUCCUCACGCACGGACGAUUACGGCCUCCCCUUACUGGUCGAUGUCAUAGACUCCUUUGGAAAGCUUGGUGCAGGUGUUCUGAAAGGUGACCUCUACAUGUUGGGAUCCUACGAUGAGUGCCUUGACAUCCAAAAUGACACCACACAAUAUUGUUUGGCCUCAAUUGCCCUCGAUUUACCCAUCAAAACACCCUUACCACUCGUCUUCUCGGUUGGAAUGUGUGUACCCCAGGAGUGCACUGUAGCGAACCUCACUACCAUAGUCAAUACAAUUCCUGGUUUGAAAAUCCAAGCUAACCCCAUGAAACCCGGAAGUCUCGUGGACUGUCAGCCCUACAAGAAUCCCCCUUACGACGCGAAGGCUAUCAUCAUGAUCUUCGUUUGCUUCUUGAUUGUUACUAUUGUACUUGCCUCCACGAUAACAGACUUAUUCGUCCGGCUUUGGAAGGAUGGGACAAUACACCACUACUUUCCACUCCCCCCUAGGCCUAAAUCUAACAGCGAUGUGUCUGAUGACGAACCACUUCUUUUGGGCCCGGUUGUUCCCAAAAAGAAACCAUCCAAGUGCGAUCCCAUGGAGUGGGUCCAAGCGUUCUCCCUGUAUAAGACUUUGGGAACCGUCUUCUCCACUAAACAAACCUCGGCGGCCAUUACCUGUAUCAAUGGAAUAAGAGUCCUCAGUAUUCUGUGGGUCAUUAUCUGUCAUGCCUAUGUCUGGGUGUUCCAAUACACGGGGGCCGACAACACGCUGAAUCUGCUUCAAACUUUGAAAAGAUUUUCUUUCCAAGUAAUAUCAAAUGGAUUUUUCUCUGUGGACAGUUUUUUCCUUCUUAGCGGCUUGCUAGGUGCUUACUUGACCCUGAGGCAAAUGCAAAGACGAAAAGGGAAAUUCCCCUUUGUGAUGUACUACGUCCAUCGGUACCUUCGCCUCACUCCAGUGUAUGCGUUUGUAGUAUUCUUUUAUUGGUUUCUCCUGAAGCAGCUUGGCAACGGACCUACUUAUGGCGGCCUAUCUUCGUAUUUUCAGGAAAGGUGCGAUAAAUAUUGGUGGACCAAUUUCCUAUACAUUAACAACAUUUACCCUUGGAAAAUUGGAGACGAAUGUCUUGGCUGGUCUUGGUACCUUGCCAACGACAUGCAGUUCUUUGUCAUCUCUCCUCUCAUUAUCAUACCGAUGUAUUUCUUGUUCCCCCUCGGAAUUGCCAUUGUUACUGGCUUACUGUUAGGGAGUUUUAUUUCGACUGGAGUACUGGCUGGGGUCUUUGAUAUUCAAGCUAAUACUUUCGCAGCAUUUGCUUACGGAUAUAACACGACUGUGACAGAAGAUACCAGUGACCUUCUCUACACCAAACCAUGGCACCGUAUUCAGCCAUACCUGGUUGGACUCGUUAUCGGUUACCUGUUGUUCAAACAAGUUCGUGUGCCCUUCAAUCGCUAUUUCAAACUGGUCUCGUAUCUUGUCCUGUGGGCGUUGGCCAUCAUACUCAGCAUGGGAACAGUGUACGGCUUAUACGGCACCUGGAACGGUCAUGUCCCCUCCCCAGCUGAGAAUAUUAUCUACCUAACGUUUUCUCGAUUUGCAUUUUCGCUAGGGGUGGGCCUACUGGUGUACAUCUGUCACAACGGCUAUGGUGGAUGGAUCAACACGUUUCUCUCCAUGAAGAUGUGGAUACCGGCUGGUCGCCUGGCCUUCAAUGCCUACCUCAUCCAUCCUGUUAUUUUGACCGUGGUAUUUGGCGAUCUAAGGAGCCCGAUGCAUAUCACUGAUGUUGAGAUGGCUGUGUACGCAGUGGGUCUUUGUACAUUAUCGUUUGGAGCUGCUUUUUUGCUCACUGUAUUUGUUGAGUUUCCAUUUGGUAAUCUCGAGGUUGCCUUCUUCAAGUUAUUUGGUGUUGGUGCACGAGAGAGUACACGUACUGCCACAGAGGCUAAAGACCACGCCACUCACGAUGGACACCCACCCAACAAUGUGUUGGCCAAUGGAGAAAUGGAAGAUAAGAAAAGCAAGAACUCUGAAAUGGAAGAUAAGAAAGACAAGAAGUCUAUCAAUGCUUGAAGAACACAUGAACUUACUAUUGAACUCACUAUUGAUGUAUCAUGCAUGUAUAUAAUCAUAGACUUGAAUUACACAUAUAAAGUGGACGUUGUAUUUACAGGUGUGUAUGUUUAACACCUUAUAGUGGUUUAACAUGAACAAUCAUGUUAUUGUGCUGACUUUACAAGUGUUGUUUUACUGAA